GCUAUGCAAGCAUAACAUCACGUUGGUUGUGACAUCAGUGGUGGGGUGGGUGGCCCUCAAGGCCGCCACUGUCUCUCUUGUUGUCACCAUCAAGGAGUCCGACCCCACCUCCUCGUGGGGCCUUUGCAUUGUCCCUAACCGGCUGUUUCGGGCUGUCAGCUCGCCUGUCGUCGUGACUGAACCCUCCAUGAACAUCCGA